AUGGUCGGUGUUUCCUCUACUAAGAAGACAUUUCUAGAGAGCGAAAAAAAAGAGAAUGUUACUUGGACCUUGAAGGUGUGUCUGGAAAUGUUGAAGGACCAAGAAGAGAUUCCUAAAGUGAUUGUUAUCGAUCGUGAUACCUCCUUGAUGAAUUCGGUUGCAAAGGUAUUUCCUAAUUUGUAUGCAUUACUUUGUAGGUAUCACAUAACAAAGAAUGUGAAAAGAUGGGUUAAACCCGCGGUAGGGAUGAAACAUAUAAAGGCCAAAGAUGGAAAAAUGGUGAAUGAGGGUAUGACUGUGGAACAAAUAAUGGAUGCAUGGAAGCAUAUAGUGAAGGAGAAAAUUGUUUGUGCUUGGACCGGUCAGUUGGUCGACAACAUAUCUCGAGCGAGUUUAAAUUAUAUUUUUCAUGAAGCUAAACAAACUGAUAAUGUAGGCUCUGAUAGCGCAAAAUGUGUAUACAUAAUUGUGAAAACAUAUGGUCUCCCAUGUGCUUGUGUUAUUGCAAAAAAGGUGAAACUUGGUAGUCCGAUAAUAAUGGAUGAGGUUUUAACUCACUGGAAGAGGCUUAGGUUUGAUGACACGAUGAUUGCUUAUCUAGAAACCACUGACUUGAAACCACCCUCUCAACCGACAAAAACAAAAGGUGAUCCGAAGACGCUCAAGCCUACACUGAGUGACACUUCAACAGUGCAGUCUCAUUCAUUUUUUGAACAUGUUAAAAAUGUUUUUUCGAACUCGCCAACUCCAAAAUAUCAAAAAAGUGUUUUCAAAGGAGCUCGCAUUAGCAAACCACCUCCUUUGCCGUCUCCACCAAAGAUUUUAUUCAUUGACGAGAUGCCGCUUUUUAUGCACAAAUAUAUCGAGUGGAUUGUCAAUGUUAAGGGGGAUGAUAAUUAUGGUUAUCGAGCUGUUUCAAAUUUACUUGGUAAAGGAGAAGAUAAUCAAACACUUGUCCAUCAUCAACUUAUCCAAGAGUUGAUGACUCAUAAAGAAUCAUACACACAACUAUACAGAAAGAAAGAAAACUUCGAUGAAGUUUAUGAGUCUCUUGUUCUUUGCCUUAGUGGACCAGUACCGGAGGAAAAAUGGAUGUGCUUCUCUGAAAUGGGUCACCUCAUAGCAUGUCCGUACGAUAGAGUGUGUAUUGAUCUUAUACGAUACGGUUUUUCGGAAACCUUUUUCUCACUGGACACCGUGCCACCUCAAAAUCCAAAUGAUCGUAUUAUAUGUAUUGGGUGA